AUGCAAGGCUUUGGUUACGCGAAAAUUCCUGGUAAAAUCUCUCUAGCAUUGCCCUUUUACGCUAUGUAUGGAGCACACAUUCAAAAUUUGAUUCGACGAGGGUUUGGCUUAGGGUGUUCUCUCUCUCCUCAAGCUUUUGCUGGUGCAAUUAAGCUUUCUGCACUUCAGAAUCUUAAGUCUUAUUUAGCUUCCAAGUCAGAUUUGAUGGAUAUGAGUGAGCAAGAUAAGGUAAUAGAGAUGCCUAGCACUUUGGGUUAUAACCUCCCCAGUAGAAAUUCAUCUUCUUCUAAGAUAUCCUCACCAAUAGGGGAAAGAAGUAACCAACCUCCUCAAUCUCACACAUUGGUUUUCAGUGAUCCACCCCAAACAACUUCACAUCAUCACCAACAUCUCAACCCCCAUAAUUCACUUCCACAAAAUCCACUUCAACUUUCACACCCUCACAGACCCAGAAGAGAUCCAGAUCCAAGUCCUAUCUCUCCUCCUAUCAUAAGUACCCCAAGAACACAACCACACUCGAUAGGAACUUUCACAACAACAUUCAGAUAUGGAGAAUGUCUGAAGAAUCAUGCUGCAAGCAUGGGGGGGCAUGUCACAGAUGGUUGUGGAGAGUUCAUGCCAAAUGGAGUAGAGGGUACCCCAGAAUCCUUCAAGUGUGCAGCUUGUGAGUGCCACCGCAAUUUCCACAGAAAAGAACCUGAAGGCGAGUCAUCACAUGUUCUCAACUACUACCUCACUUACCCCAACAAAACCAAUAGAAACAUUGUUAUUCAUUCUCCACAAUCUCAUCUUCAGUUUCCUACACACCACCAUCAUGGGAUGAUGGCCACCCCUUCAGGUGGGCCGGUUCAGCCCGCGAUGUUGGGCUUUGGGGGAGGCCUAGCUGAGUCUUCAAGUGAAGAUCUCAACAUGUUUCAGACAGAUGAUGGAGGGCAAUUGUUAUCAGUGCAGCCACCACUGUCAUCAUCCAAGAAGCGGUUCAGGACCAAGUUCUCACAGCAACAAAAGGAUAAGAUGAUGGAGUUUGCUGAGAAACUGGGGUGGAAGAUCCAGAAACAAGAUGAACAGGAACUGCAUCAAUUUUGCUCUCAGGUUGGUGUAAAAAGACAGGUUUUCAAGGUUUGGAUGCACAACAGCAAGCAAGCCAUGAAAAAGAAGCAAAUGUAA